CAUGACAAGGCCCACUGGCAUCCGCGGCCUUUCUUACACUCCAGCGUAUAUAAAGUAUCCCGCACGAAAUCUCCGCUGCGGAGUCCAAACUUGCCUCUGUCGAUGUCUUCAAAGCCCUUGGUUUUCGUUACUGGUGCAUCCGGAUACCUCGGAUCUGUCGUAGUGCAUGAGCUGCUUAAAGCAGGGUAUCCAGUGCGAGGUUCCGCUCGUGGACGAAAAUUCGCGCUUCUCAAAGAAGCUUUCGCAAGUUAUCAACAGUUUGAAGCUGUCGAGAUCGACGACAUCGCGACAGCUGAUUAUACCGAAGUUUUCAAAGGCGUGGGCGCAAUAAUACACACCGCAGCCCCAAUUCCCGGUCGCGCAGAUAGUGUCACGGCUUUUAAAACCGCCAUAGACGGUUCUCUGAAUAUUCUGCGUGCAGCGAACACCGCCGGAAUACGCAAAGUUGUCGCGACUGGCACGAUAGUCAGUUUUCCUCAAGAUAAAUAUGGCGCGGAUGAUUGGGUUGCGUUGACUCGAGAAGAGGCCCUGCAGGGAAAUGCAUUCACAUUAUACGUCGGAGAGAAAAAGUUUGGUGAACAAGCCAUUCUUCAAUACGCAGACGAACAUCCUGAGAUGGAUAUUACUAUUUUCAACCCACCCUGGAUAUUUGGCCCAGUUGCACCUGGCUUCGAGUCCAUCGUUCCAACUCCCGAAGGCUCAACCCCAGCGUUCUCCACCGCCGCUUAUGUCUACCAGCUCCUUCGCUCGGACAACAAGGUCUAUUACACUUUCCCAGGGACUAUUGACGUUCGAGAUGUUGCCCGUAUCCAUAUUGCUGCUAUUUCCGCUCCGACACCCAAUGGAACGCGUCCCCGUCGCGUGGCCCUCGCCUCACCAGAGCAAACCGACUUCCGCGACGCCAUCAAGUUCAUCUAUGAUGAACGCCCCGAGCUCAGAGACCGUCUUGCUGAUCCGGAAUCGGUCCCGCGUUGGCCGACCUAUAAGAUAGAUGUGGACUUGACGCCAGUCGAAAAGUCAUUCGGGUAUCCAAUUUCGGGGUUCAAGACGUGGCGCGAGACAAUACUUGAUGCAGUGGAUCGUUUCAUUGAGUUAGAAAAGUACUGGACGAGCAAGGGCCACAAGUUUGAGGUACCUGAGAAGUUACCUUACUAG